UCGUGUAAAUCGUAACGUGAUCCCGCAUUUCGUUCCAAAGAUCAUCCGUAAUCUGCGAGGCUGUACUUCCUUCUCGAGGAUGGAACCGUGGCAAUACAGCGCCCUGCAAACACAGUUUUCCUCUCUUCUGCAGUUACUAAGCAGCAGUUCACAAAACUCAAGAGUAAAUACCACAGCCAAAGAUAAUUCCACCAAUGGUCAAGCAAUGAAUAUUGAUUCCAAUAAUGAUAAGGCUCUAUGCAAAACUGGUACCAAGCGUAAACUAUCUGACAGUAAUGACCMGGACAAUAUUCGACCCAAGAAAACCAGUUUCCAGCAGCGCAUUGGAGGAUAUCCAAAACUGGUGCUUGAUGUUUAUACACAAACAACUGCUUCGUACGUAGCUGAUCAAAACAGCUCAUUGGCAAAAUUAGCCGACCUUGUUUUAGAGAAUGCGAGAAGACUUGAUAGCAUAGAAAAUUUACUUACGAAGAUGGAAAGAAAAAUCAGCAUUUUUGGAUCAGAUUUUAUUAACAUUGACAAGGAUGCAAAGRAACCUGCAUUAACGGUUGAAGUAAAGCCCUCUUCUUCCUUCGAGUCCGUCACAACUCCUGCCACACCCUCUACCCCAGGGUCAUUUAUGUCAGACACUGAAACUACUUUGGGACAAGCUGAAAAUGCUAUUAAAUCUCCCAUGACAACUGUUGGUUCUCCUCUACGUCUACAGGGAAUCCCAAUCACUGUGCAAUCAAGUCCUGACAAUAGUUGGUCAGGCAAUCCAGCAAUGGUGCAAUCCGUAAUGCAAGGAGUGGAUUCUUCUUCCAAACUAACCAGCCAGGAAUCGAGGACUGAUUCCCAGACAAAGGGACUGGAUAUUGAUGGGGCAUCGAAUAUUCUGGUUCCGGUGAUUUUUGCCUCGGAUGAUAAAACAAGAAGAUGUUCGACUGCUGAGGUUGCUUUACAGGAUCUAUUGAAUGGGAAUGUAACCAACCCUGAAGAUAACAUACAAGUCUUCCGUGGUAGUUGGUUGGGUGACCGACUAGACCCACACUCCCGCGUCUGGUAUUAUGGUGAUUUCAAAAUCAUUCAGCGCGCGGAGGCUUCUGGAUCGAAUCCCGCCAAGCUUUCUUUAAAUCUUUUGGAAGCGCUGUUUACUAGAGAAGAAAUGGCUUCUUCAAACGUCAAUGGAGCAAGAGGAAGGGAUUUAUUAGACCCCAUCAAAAUAAAAGCCAUUUAUGUACACAUCAACUACAAAUUUCCAACGGACCCCGAUAAACAAGAGCUCCGCUGGCAUUUCCUAAAGCCGCGAAUUGACAGCAAAUGCCGCGCUCAGCGACGAAUCCAACGCGACCACCAAGCAGUCGGUGAUGGUCACCAGUCCAACAAAGAAAGACCAUUUAGAAGCAAGCUUAGUAAACCAUCUAUAGAUCCCAGAAUCAAGGAAGAACUUCUCUAUGGCUUAAUGAAACCAGACGGUGCAUCGAAUGUUCCUUCGCAAGUUGUGAGUGAAGUUAUCAACGGUUCACGAGUUAACGGAGACACGGGGAACUCGGAAAUGAGUGGAAAUGUUCAAACGUCAGUACUCGGCCAAACCUCUCUUGCGUAUGGGAAUAGUAAAACGUUAUAGGUUGAUCAAGAAAACAUUUUAGAUAAAGACAAAUUGCCAAAUUUCUUUGUAUGAUUUUAGGGGAAAAAAUUAGAUUCAUAGCCCUUCCCCAAAUUCGCUUGAGUGACCACGAAACAAUAGCUUCAAGUCGAGGUUGGACUUGAUAAAAUACAGUAAAUGUAUGAACACAGCAAGUCAAACCUCGACUUGAAACCAUUGUUUAGCGGUCACUCAAGCGAAUUUGGGAAAGGUCUAUUAGAAAUGGAUAUUUUAGGAAAAUAUUUUAUAGUCCCGUAUCCAUAUAUAUCUAACCAAAAAUGUACGUGGAAAAUAAUGAAACCCCUUUAGCUUGG